UCUUGCAAGUCACCUACUUUAAUAAAGCAGCCAUCUCAACUCCUUCACAAAACUAUUUUCUAUACCAACUCCAACCACCAUCGAUAGCAGCCUCAUAUAUAUAUGUUAAGACCAAAGACAUGUCCUUCUCAUGGUGACUAUAUUUGAAAGCAAAUUCCAAGAAGCUGACAACGUAUCAAACAAAAGAAGUAUAAUUAGUCAUAAUAUAUAGAUAUAUGGCUUGUGCAUGUUCUUCAAUAUCAAUGGCAAUGAAAGUUUCUCAGUGCUGUGUUCUAUUUGCAACACUAAUAUUUGUGUUAUUGAACUGCUGUGAGUCAAGUUAUGGAGAAUUUACGGUUGAGAUGAAGCAGAUGAUUAGCAAUAACAACAAAGUGUGUGAAGAGAUAUAUGUGGUUCGAGAGGGAGAGACUCUUCAAACGAUAAGUGAAAAAUGUGGAGAUUCAUUUAUUGUUGAAGAGAAUCCACAUAUUCAUGAUCCAGAUGAUGUUUUUCCUGGUCUUGUUAUCAAGAUUAACCCUUUCAACAAUCGAUAGAAGUUGUUUUUUUUUUCCUUCAUAAUUUCUCAUGUAUUUUUAGGAUUGGAAGCAUACACGUUUGUUUUUUUUUGUUUUUUUUAUGAUUUGUACAUAUAGUCAAAUAAAUUUAUAAAUAAUGAGUAAGAAGGAAUACAUACAAAAGUAUUUGUAUACGAAAAUAUUACCAUAUACCACUUAGUUAGUGAUUAUGUGAUUUCUUUAAGGUUGCUUCAUACCAUAAUAUACAUCAGUGCUUUAUUUGUGUUUCGAAUGAAUCUCUCGUCCUCCAAAUUCAAUCUUCUUCGAAAGAUCUCUUGUCGCGGAUCUUGUUAUCCUUACUGAUGGAUAUUUCGUAUAUACAUGGAAAAAGGUUUCUGAAAGGCCUGC